AUGCCUCGACGAAGACGACCAAAUCCUGCAACGAUUCAAACAUCGUUGCCACCGGUAUCACCACCAACAUCACCAACCGGAAUGGUCGAUUUAACCUACUACGAAGUGGAAAAGAUUUUUAGGAAAAGAGCCUCUAAAAAAACCGGAAGAGCUAUAAAAAAACGGCGACCAGCUGCCACUGUCAGGCCCACAUCGCCUCUUCCCGGUCCUUCAUCCCCUCGACCAGGUCCUUCAUCGCCUCGACCAGGUCCUUCGACGCCUCGUCCCGGUCCUUCAUCCCCUCGACCAUGUCCUUCAACGCCUCGUCCAGGUCGUUCAUCGCCUCGUCCUGGCCCACCAUAA